AUGGCUUCAGCAAACGAUGAAAAGGAUAUCUUGCAAGCCUAUGAAGAUCCGAUACGGGGUGUCAACAGCGAUAUAGUCGCUCAGACCCGCGUCGAGGUACGACUUUCCACAUCUCACAGCCGUAGACCUGCCCAGCUAAUACUCGAGUCACUUGUAGAGAGUCUUCCAUUCCGUCCAGUUCUUCCUCCUCGUAGUCUCGUUCAUGAGCAGCUGGGAAGGUAUCGCAAGCAACCUGUACAGCGUCUUUUACAACGGCGGCCCACAGACCCUUGUCUGGGGUUUCCUUCUUGUAUGGACUGGAGUGAUGGCUCAAACAGCCUCUCUCGCUGAGAUGGCAGCGGCGCAACCUAUCGCUGGUGCGAUGUAUCACUGGACUUGGGCGCUCGCUCCUACCGAUAUCAGGCGAUUCUCGACAUGGUUGCAAGGCUGGAAUACUUGGACAGGAUGGAUCAGUAUGACCGUCGGCAUCUGCAACUCCACCGCGAAUUGGAUCAUUAGUCUCGUUCAGCUGAAUUACCCCGACUAUGUUGCGACGGGAUGGCAUUCGACAUUGAUGGUCUUUGCCAUGAUGGUCGUCUGUGUUGCUUUCAAUGUGUACAAAUUUGGAAGAUUGGUUCCUUGGAUCGAGUCAAUUGCAGGUGGUCUCCACUUUGCUAUGUUCAUUGCUUUUAGCAUUACGCUACUGGCUAUGGCGAAGAAGCACAGUGCCAGCUUUGUGUUUCUCAGUCGUGUGGACGCAACGCAGACUUCUGGAUGGACGAACGAAUUCAUUAGUUGGAAUCUCGGGCUGCAGACUUCCGUUUGGGUGUUUGUCGGUAAGUUCACUCCACCGCUUUGACACGUUUCCCUCAUGCUGAAUCUCUCGACAGGUUUCGAUGCUGCAGUCCAUCUCAGUGAGGAAGUCCGCAGGGCGCCCAAUACCGUGCCGAGAGUCAUGGUCUACACCAACUUGGUCAACGGUUUAAUGGGCUGGAUCUUCAUCGUCAUCCUUCUCUUUUGCGCCGGUAACAUCGACGAAGCACUCCAGUACUCCCAGCCAAUGCUAGCCGUGUUCUUGCAUGCCACAGGCUCCACCCGCGCGGCAACUGCAAUGGGCAGCCUUCUGGUGUUCAACGGAAUACUUGCCUUGCUUUCCGGCGUCGCUUCCAUGUCCCGCCUCAGCUGGUCUUGGGCACGAGAUGGAGGUCUGCCAAAGGUAUUUGCAUAUGUGAGCCUGCUCCGUUUCACAAUAUACAGUACCUGUAGCAUCCAAUCUGACGCAUCCAAUCUGACGCGAAUAGGUCGACGCCCAGAAGCGCGUGCCAGCCCGAGCAGUGCUGUUCUCCAGCAUGCUCGUCGUGCUACUCUCGCUCGUCAACAUUGGCUCGACCGUCGCCAUGCAGGUCUUCAUCUCGCUUUCCACAAUCGCGAUGUACUUGAGCUACUUCAUCGCGAUUCUCAUGAUGUUCUUACGCCGACUAUCUUCUUCUUCUUCUCCGUCACCUCAGCUCGGACCCUGGACCAUGGGCAAACUCGGAAUGCCAGUGAACAUCUUCGCCCUCGUCUAUACGGCCUACAUCAUCAUCUGGCUGCCAUUUCCCACCACCAUACCAAUCACAGGCGCUAAUUUUAACUACGCCUCUCCGAUGCUCUUCUUCGUGAUUCUGCUCGCUCUCGGUCUUUGGGUUUUCAGAAGGCGAACGUGGCCGGGUUUACGGGAGGACAUUGUCGAGGUCGCCAUCAAUAAAUGA